AUGGAUGCGGCUGGAGUCGACAACAAACAUAGUAGGACAUAUCAGGCAUGUAUACCGUGUCGGCGAAGAAAGGUCCGAUGCGAUCUCGGCCCAGUCGACAAUCCUCAUGACCCUCCGUGUGUUCGCUGUCGUCGCGAAGCAAAAGAAUGUUUCUUCUCCGCUACGAGGAGGAAGAAGAGAGCGGCCGACUCUGGUACCGUUGGAGAUGAAGUCGACCCCAAUGACUACGAGAUUAGAGGAGGACGCAAGAGGUUGAAGGAAGGCAUUGCUGAAUCGGUCGACUCGGAUGCUCGCAGUGCACAUUCGCCCGUACCUGUCGCUGCACCCUACAUACCACGGCCCUUGACGCCUGGUGGUUCUAUGGGUCGCCAACAACCUCUACGCCGACCACACUCGACCUCCCAAACCCCGUAUCCAGGUGACGAUGGAGACGAUCAUGUCAACAGUCAUACUGCAGCUCUUUUGCAGACUGCCGAGCUACACAAUGGUCACGAUGCUCUGAAUGUUCUGAUAGAAGCUGCCACAGCAAAUCACCGUACUGGAAGUGCUAGCGAUGCUCGCCAACAUGCUGCUUCAUUACCAAGUCCUGCACAGGUAACGCUACCCAAGGCUUCAAAACCACCGCCUCUUGAUGCCUCGAUCGAUCCUGCCAUCAUGCACCAACCACCUUCUACUGCUCGGCCUUCAUCCUCGGCAGAUUAUGCUUCAGCCUAUGCUGCAUGGUCCCGCUUCAGGUUUGUACGCAACGGCUGGUUCACCAUCAAGGAAGGUAUGGACUAUAUUGAGUACUUCUAUACGUACAUGUCACCCUUAACACCAAUCGCGCUGCCGGAUUAUCGCGGACCGGACAAACAUGGAGCCUUGUUGGAGAAUGAACCUAUGCUUGCUGUCACUAUGCUCAUGAUAGCAUCACGGUACAUGACACUGUCCGGACCCGGUGCUCAAAGUCGAUCGCAUUCCAUCCAUGCCAGACUUUGGCCUUUUGUUCAGCGCAUCAUUGACCGUAUUGUCUGGGGUCGUGAACUGUCCGGCACCACACUGCAACCUGACGAGACACAACCCGGCUGUGAUGUCAAUCCUCUGUCUCGCAAGGGCCUCCUGACUUUGGGCACAGUUGAGAGCUUGUUGCUGUUGACAGAAUGGCAUCCGAGAAUGAUGCACUUCCCUGCAGAUGAAGAUGAUACCCAACUCAUGGCUCCUGUAGAUCCAAUGGCCUCCAUUAACGAGAGCACAACCAAUACCGACAAGGGACAAGGGGGUCACGCUCUGACUUCAUGGCUCGAGCCGGUAUUCCGAAGCGAUCGCAUGUGUUGGAUUCUGCUCAACAUGGCAAUGACAGUAGCUUCACAAAUUGGAGUGUUCGACCCAGACUGUUCAAGACAUCUACAAGGUGUAUCCCCAGAACAGCAGGAGAUAUAUCAACGACGACGACUUCACAUCAAGAGUGUGAUCCUCGGCUACAUCACUCAGACAAGUGGACGGAUGGGUGUUACUGCCAUGCUUCCUCAAGGAUAUGCCGAACCUUCUCUUAGCGAGUUGUACAACCCCAAGCGGUCGAGUUUCAAGGAUACCAAGGACAUUGUUCUUCAUUUCUGGUUGCGUCUCGCUACACUAGUCAAGAUCAACAACGAAGAGCUGUAUGCAAACCGACAACAGACUCGUGAUAUCAUCAAGACUGGCAAGUACAGAGAGUUGCUGCAACGUAUCAAGCCAUCCUUGGUGCAGUGGCGGAGGGAGUUCGAAGCGUACCGAAACGUCCCCAUUCUUCUUCGUCAUGUACUCAUAAUCGAGUAUGAACAUACUCGAGUGAUUCUACAUCAGCUCGCCCUCCAAGCUGUGGUGGAGAGAUGUGCGAACAAUAACACUGGCUCUGCUGGCAAGAUCAUCCCACCGAAUGUGCUUGACCAGUGGUUCGGCAGCGACAGACAGCACGUGGACGAAGUGAUGCAAGCUUGCCGUAAUGUACUCCGAGUCGUCGUGGAUGGUCUUGCUCCAGGCGGAUAUCUCAAACAUGCCCCAGUACGAACGUUUUUCCGUAUCGUAUCUGUAACAUUGGUCCUCGUCAAAACCUUCGCCUUCGGCGCCUUCGAAAAUGAAAUGGCACUAUCCCUAAACCUCAUGGACCGCACUGUAGAAGUAAUGCGCAACCACGUCGUCGACGACGUACAUCUCUCCAACCGCUUCUCCAACUUCUUAGAAGUAAUAACCAAUCGCCUGCGUCCCAUGAUCGUGCGCAUGUCUCGCACUACCAACGGAACUUCCUCUUCUCACAACAUUGCUUCUCGCGUUUCUUCGCGACCUCCUAGUCCUCAAGGCCACCAAAAUAGGAGUACGGAACAUAUGCCUGCUUACCCUGUGGACCCCUACACAACCAACGACACCAGAGCAGAUACCACUGCGCUCUACGGUAUCCCAACCCAAACCUACGAAUUCAGCGAUAACAACAACACGUUUUCGAUUAUGCCGCCUCCGACAAACGUGCCCUCUCCGUCUCUUAACCCUAUCAACCAUCCCUCUUCCGAUAACCACACAGACUAUGGCUUUGGAUACAGUGAUGGCUUUGUAGGGGCGGCGGAUGAUGGGACGUAUGAUUGGCUUGCUUUGCCCUUGGACCCAAUCUUACAGGCCGGAGGAGGAGAUGUCACUGCUAAUUGUUUCGGACCGGGCAUUGGUGAAUUUGAUAUGUUGGAGGUGCUUUUGGGGGGUGGGCAGGCGCAGGGUCAUGGGAAUGGAGACGGCAUUGGUGGUGGGAUUGGCCAGCAUGGGCAUUGA